AUGAAGUCUACACUUCGACUGUUGGCCAAUGUCAAGCCCCGGUACUUGGAGCCUUUUACUCCGACCGGAUUGACUGGUCUCUUCACCCACCCGAGCCCCCGCCCGACUCUGAUCUUCCUUUACACCAACACCCUUCAGAAGCUGCAGUCCUUCCCCGAAACAUCCGCCUACCGCCAGUCUGUCGAGGCAUUGACCCGCCACCGUCUCCAGAUUGUUGAGUCACAGAAGCCCCCCGGUUUCGAUGCUUGGUUGGAGCGCGCGAAGAAGACUAUCGGUGCCGAGCCCGAGCGUUUCGCUCAGCUCCAGCUUAAGAACGGCGCAUUCGCCUACGCUGCUUCGCAAGAGCGGGACUUCAGUGAUGAAGCCCGUGGCAAGGAGUGGGAUGGCGAGAGUCUGUCCGCUACCACUGAGGGUCCUACCCGUACCCCGGAGGAAGAGGCCGAGUGGAUUAAGAUCAUCCAGGAGGGUAGCGAGUCGGCCAACAACGAGACUGACUUCCACGAGGUGUCCAUGAAGUGGGAGAGCGAGCCCGCCCUGGAGGCUGCUCAGAUUGCCGAAAUUGAGCAGAAGAUUGGUGCAGGCCUAAUCGAGGAGAUUAUUCAGGUUGCCGAGGCCGAGUCCAAGCUUGUGGAUGAGCUGCACAAGGCGAAAGUUUGGGAAGAGCUUGAGGAGAAGCCUGCUCCCGGUCAAUGGACCUACUUUGAGCGCGGUAAUUAA